AUGUCUCCUUCCGUAACGGCAACUCCCUGGCAGGAAGUUGUCCUCCGUAAGCGACAUCUCCGGGAUACUGCUAUUGCACCCUUUCUAUCAAACGACAAUAGCUCUGUAGAGGCCGAAUCUCUGCGAAUUCUUGAGAUUGAUGAUCUUCAGAACUUACAGAAGGAGUAUCACACCGGUACAUACUCUGCCGAAGCUGUUAUCAAGGCUUACAUUACUCAAGCUGCACUCUCACACUCGAAAACGAAUUGUCUGACCGAGGUCAACUUCGAAAAUGCAUUACGCGCGGCGCGAGAGCUCGAUGAGCUGCGGGGAGCGAACGGCAAUUUGGUGGGGCCGCUCCAUGGAGUGCCAAUGACGCUGAAAGAUCAAUUUAACGUUGAAGGCUUUGAUUCAACCUUGGGAUAUGUGGGGAGAGCAUUCCAUCCCGCCACGGAGGACUGCGUUCUCGUCUCGAUCCUGAAGCGGCUUGGUGCGGUCAUUCUCGCAAAGACAAACCUCCCGCAGAGUAUAAUGUGGUGCGAGACAGAAAACCCCUUGUGGGGUCUUACUACCAGCCCACGGGCGGAAACGUUCACACCGGGCGGUUCUACUGGCGGCGAAGGAGCGUUGCUUGCCAUGAGGGGUACAUUGGUAGGUUGGGGUACCGACAUUGGCGGCUCUAUUCGUAUUCCAAGCCACAUCAACGGAUUAUACGGAUUAAAACCUAGCAGCGGCCGCCUCCCUUACCACGGGGUUCCUGUUUCAACAGAUGGUCAGGAACAUGUACCUUCUGUUAUUGGUCCCAUGUCCCGCAGUCUGUCUUCUCUCACACUGACCAUGAAAGCUGUGAUUGAUGCUCAGCCCUGGCAACUUGAUCCCAAAUGCUGCCCUCUGCCCUGGAGAGAAGAUCUUUUCAGGGAAGUGCAGACUAGGCCGCUCGUAAUUAGGGUCAUGGUUGAUGAUGGCGUGGUAAGACCACAUCCGCCAAUCCAAAGGGCACUUGAGGGCAUGGUAGACCUGCUCAAAAAAGCAGGUCAUGAAAUUGUGGAGUGGAAACCCGAAGGGCAUGCUGAAUGCGUAGCCGUAGCGGACGCUUAUUAUGCAAGUGAUGGCGGCGAAGACGUUCGACGAGAUGUUGCUGUCGCUGGGGAGCCAUAUAUCCCCCAUGUGGAAAAGCUUUUCUCCAAAGGAGAAGGCAUAUCCGUGUAUGAAUACUGGCAGCUUAACAAGCGAAAAAUUGCUGCUCAAAAGGCGUACCUUGACAGAUGGAACUCCACCAAGAGUCCGAUCUCAGGGCGAGUGAUGGAUGUCAUUCUCUGUCCUCCCAUGCCUCAUGCCGCUGUGCCGCAUCGGGCUUGCAGGUGGGUUGGUUAUACCAAAGUCUUUAACGUACUGGACUAUCCGGCUUUUGUCUUUCCAUGCUCCAGCAUUUCAGCCACUCGCGAUCAGGCUUGCGGGGCCGUGGCUCACCAACCGCGUAAUAGUAUCGAUGAGUGGAACUGGAACUUGUACGAUCCGGUGGCCAUGGACGGUCAUCCAAUUGGCCUUCAAAUCGUCGCUCGCCGCUUAGAAGAAGAAAAGGUCCUCGGCGUCACUGCCAUGAUGGAACAACUUGUGAAAGCGGCAACGAACGAACCAGUCGAAAACUAGUCAAUACUUUGCAUUCCUCGACAUACAUAUAUAUAUGUUUUUAAAAAAAAAAUUGUUGAUUCUCAUAGAUCUUCUAUGCAAUGCUCAGUUCUAA